UACCAUGGAAAAAGGCGCUAAGCUGUUUUGAGGUUGCUUGCUGCCCUGGAACUUUGUUGAAGUGCAACAGACAUCGCGUGGACAGAUGUUGCACACUUCUUGCACACUACCUGGGUCGGCCAUACUGCCACUUCCUUGUAAUAUAUCUCGUUCGUUACUUUCUCUUUCCUUCGAAAUUGAUUCUGGGUCAAUGACAGCUUUGUCUCUCGCACACCAGCCUUCUUGUAUCAGUAAAUCAAGAUGACAGACAAACUCCCUCCCAAUCUCCUCGCCCUUUUCCAACCACGACCCCCUCUACGCUACAUUCCUCCUCAAGACACCGCUCCUGAUGAAAGAGCAACGAGACCAUCGCAGCUUUCUGGCCUAGCCGCCUUUCUUCCACAACUUGACGAAUAUCGACAGACAGAUGAAUAUGAGCCCACAGAGUCAUGGCUGCAAAAGCGCGAGCGCAAACGACUGGAGAAGAAACAGCGUGCAGAGGAAAUGCAAAAGCCUGAAUUUGAUGGUUACAAGCCAAAUGACGAUCCCAAGAUCAAGGGUGAUGCCGUCAAGACUCUGUUCGUUGGCCGCCUGAGUUUCGAGGUCAAAGAAUCCGACUUGGAACGUGAAUUCGGAAGAUUCGGCCCCAUCGAGAGAAUACGAAUCGUCAAGGACGAGUCCAACCCGAAACCCAAGAAACCACAUCGAGGUUACGCCUUCAUCGUGUAUGAACGAGAAAAAGAUAUGAGAGCUGCCUACAAAGAAAGCGAAGGUCUGCGAAUCAAGGAUCGUAGAGUUGUCGUUGAUGUCGAACGUGGCCGAAUGGUGCCUGGUUGGAGACCACGAAGGUUUGGCGGAGGUCUCGGUGGACGUGGCUAUACCAAACAAGCACCUGCAAGACCAACAUUCGGAGCUCCGCAGACCGGAUUUGGAGAUGGAUUCAGAGGUGGCUUCGGUGGUCGCGGCGGGUUCCGUGGAGGCUUUCGUGGCGACAGAGGAGGUUUCGGCGACCGAGGUGGCUUUCGAGGUCGUGGCGGCAUUGGCUACCAAGAUCGUGGUGGCUUUGGCGGACGACAAGGCGGCUACCAGAGCGGGCCUCCACCACCUAAUGCACCCAGCGGACCCGGCGGUCGAGGUGGGUUUGGAGGAGGGUAUGAAGAUCGGCGCAACGGCUUUGGAGGUGACCGCGGUGGAACAGGAAGCAAUAAAGAUCCGAUCGGUGGCCGAGAUCGUGGGUAUGAACGAGAUCGUGGCGACAGAGAUCGAGACAGAGAUCGUGAUCGAGACCGUGACCGAUAUGGCGGAGGCAGACGCGACGACGACUACAGCUCGAGAAAACGGUACCAUGAGAACGAUGGGAACGAUGACCCGAGACAGAGACGGCGAUACUGAUUUCGAGUCUGUCAUACGCAUUGGUCGGUGUUUACUACAGCUUUGGACCACGGUUGGUUGGUGGGUAUCCUUCUAUCAUCCGUGCAUUCAAACCAUCUUUUCCGGUUCUGUCAUGGUCCUCUACACGACAUGGUGAAGCAAAAGUACCUUGAUACUCCAGCAUGAUUGGAGCGCC